AUGAAAGCUAGAUAUUUAACGUUCUUUUCAUAUAUAGGUACUAAGUUUAGAGCUUCUGAAAAAAUAUGGCUUAAAGAUAGGCGCAAUUAUCCAGAUCCCAGCAGUAUCCAAGGUGUAAUGGAGAUAGCUUUAUUAAAAUUAAAACCUGUAAACUAUCCUAACCUUGUCCUCUCGAGUCGUACAGAUGGUGGAGUACAUGCACUAAAUUCAUGUGCUCACUUUGACUUAAUAAGGCGGGGUGAAAAUAUAUUUGACACUCAUUUCAUUACAUAUGAAAUGAAUAAAUUCUUUUUUAAGAAUGAAAUAAGUAUAUUCGUCAGGAAAAGUGUAAGAGUAAAUGAUGAUUUCAAUGCAAGAUUCGCUGCCACAUCUAGAACAUAUUUGUAUAGAUUAGCAAUACUGAAACCUGACAUUGAAGUGGAAGACAAUGGUGUUGGUUUAGGCACUUUUAUUCCUAUAGAAGAGUGGAAGCGGUGCCAUUUUAUAAGAUUAAAAAACUUUGAUAUACAAAGAUUUAAAGAUGGUGCAAAAUAUUUUGAAGGAUAUCAUGAUUUUACAACUUUUAAGAAAUUCGACAAGUUGAAACAAAAUAAACAAAACAGAAGAGAAAUCAAAUCCAUAGUAGUAAAGCCAGGGAAAGCUUGUACUAUUAAUUGUUUGAGUAAACAGAACAACUAUUUCGAUUACUGGGAUAUAGAGAUUGUGGGUAGGGGUUUUGUGCAUAAUCAGGUGGGUUACAUGCAUUUUAUAGUUCUGCAUUAUGGUUACAUCUGCAGGUGGAGAAGUGUUACUGAGAUACGGCGAAUGAUAGGCACACUCAUAACAGUGGCCAUCGGCAAGCUAGAGUUGAAUGACAUCAAGGUUAUGUUACAAGUGCCUUCCAAGCACUCCUGGCAUACUUUUAUCCAGAACUGCCCACCUGACGGACUGUAUCUUGCCAAUGUCAGUUACAAUCCUGAAGAUUUGAUAUACACUCCAAGUGCGAAUGAUAAAGAAGUGAAUGAACAAAUAUGCAGUGAUAGUGAA